AUGAAGAGGGAGUGUGGCGAAGCGAGUUCUUGUUCACGCAAGAAGCAGAAGCGGUUAAUGGAGGAUGCAGGAGCACGUCCCUGCACGGAGUGCGGCAAGAAGUUCUGGUCGUGGAAGGCACUCUUCGGCCACAUGAGAUGCCACCCAGAGCGUCACUGGAGAGGGAUCAAUCCUCCGGCCAAUGUGGUCAGGAGACAACAAGAACAAGAACAAAUGAGCCAGGAAGACCACGAGGUCGCUGCCUCUCUGCUCCUGCUUGCCAACUCCAACGUUCUGGAGAGUGAUGGGCACAAGUGCAGCAUUUGCCUCAGGGUUUUCUCUACUGGUCAGGCUCUUGGUGGCCACAAGCGCUGUCACUGGGACUCUUCUUCUUCCAAGUCUCUCUCUGUCCUCGACUUCGACUUGAAUUUCCCUCCCCCCCUCACUCUCGAUUUGAGGUUGGGUCUCUAG